AUGCCGGACCUCUCCGGACCGGGCCCCCAAGUCAGCCACGGCGCCCCUGGUGGCCGCUUUCCGGGCCACGCCUCCAAGCCAUCCAACAGCGACACCGGGUUCUCCCACGGCGCCUUUACCUCGAACAUUUCCGGGUUUGCCGACAGGCAUCCUCGGCGUGGCAACAUCCCGACCAUCAACACACAGUCGAUGGCCGCCCAGCAUCAUCAUCAGGUUGCUGCUGCUACGGCUGCCGAGAUGACCACUCCGGGCACCGCCUUUGACAUGCAGUUCACCCCUCUGCUCCCUUCCCAACUUCUUCUUGGCAGCCCCUUCCAACCCGGGACCCCCGCCGCUUUCGGAAGCCCUCAGUUCCAGGUGCAGGGUUUCCAGCAGCAACACCAGCACCCGCAGCACCAGAACCAGCAUCAGCAACAGCAGCAUCAGCAUCAGCAUCAGCACCAGCAACAACACCAGCAACAACACCAGCAACAACAGCAUGGUAACCACCAACAGCAGCAUGCUCAUCAGAGUGGCCUCUCGAGCCCGGUUCCUCAGGGCAUGUCCCCGCAGCAAUACCAGGCCAUCGUGUCUCCAUCGACGUACGGUGCGCCCCAGUACUUCGCACCGCAGUCUCCUACCGCUGGGUACAACACUGUGCAGGUGCAGCUGCAGCAACCCACGUCUCCCGUCCCCAUGACUCCUGGUAUCGUUACUGGCACCAGCCGAACCGUGUACCUCGGAAACAUCCCUCCCGACACCUCGGCUGAGGAGAUCCUCGGCCAUGUCCGAAGCGGCCAGAUAGAAUCCGUACGCUUGCUGCCUGAUAAGAACUGUGCUUUCAUCUCGUUCUUGGACGCCAGCUCUGCCACACAUUUCCACUCGGAUGCAAUCUUGAAGAAGCUUUGCAUCAAGGGUCAGGAUAUCAAGGUUGGCUGGGGCAAACCGUCGCAGGUGCCUACGUCCGUGGCCAUCGCAGUCCAACAAUCCGGUGCCUCCCGAAACGUCUAUCUAGGCAACCUUGCCGAAGAGAUUACGGAAGAGGAAAUCCGCGAGGAUCUGGGUAAAUUCGGGGCCAUCGACACGGUCAAGAUUGUCCGCGAGAAGAGCAUCGCCUUUGUCCAUUUCCUCUCUAUAUCCAAUGCGAUCAAGGCAGUUUCGCAGCUUCCGCAGGAAGCCAAGUGGCAAGCCCCUCGUCGUGUCUACUACGGCAAGGACCGCUGCGCGUAUGUCUCCAAGACGCAGCAGCAAAACGCUGCCCAGUACCUCGGCAUCGCCCCGACCCAUGCCCACAUGUUGACCGGUGCUGAUCGUGAUAUCAUCUCCAACGCUCUGGCUCAGCAGUCGGUAGCGGCAGCUGCCGUUGCCACCACUGCCGGCGGCAUCGCUAACCUGGGGAAUCGCACCAUCUACCUGGGCAACAUCCACCCGGAGACGACGAUCGAGGAGAUCUGCAACGUCGUCCGGGGCGGUCUACUUCAUCACAUCCGAUAUAUCCCGGACAAGCACAUUUGCUUCGUGACCUUCAUCGACCCCACCGCUGCCGCCUCCUUCUACGCCCUGAGCAACAUCCAGGGCCUGAUGAUCCAUAACCGACGGCUCAAGAUUGGCUGGGGCAAGCACUCCGGCGCUCUGCCUCCUGCGAUAGCAUUGGCCGUGAGCGGUGGCGCUUCUCGAAACGUGUACAUCGGCAACCUGGACGAGACGUGGACAGAGGAGCGGCUGAGACAGGACUUCUCCGAAUACGGUGAAAUCGAGCUGGUGAACACCUUGCGCGAGAAGAGCUGCGCCUUCGUCAACUUCACCAACAUUGCCAACGCGAUCAAGGCAAUUGAGGCCAUCCGUAGCAAGGAGGAAUACAAGAAGUUUAAAGUCAAUUUUGGCAAGGACCGUUGCGGCAACCCACCCCGUCAGCUGCAGCAGCAACAGCAGCAACAGCAGCAACAGCAGCAACAGCAGCAACAGCAGCAACAGCCACAACAGCAGCAGCAGCAGCAGCAGUCACCGCGAAGCGAUGGUGUCCCUUCGCCUCCUCCUCAGAGCGGAGGCUCGCCGGCAAAUACGCCCCAGGCGGCAGCAACGCUCUUCAACAUGUCCAACAACCCCUUGACGAUGUACCUCAACCAAGUCUCGCAGCAGGCGCAGCAUCAGCACCAGCAGCAGAACCAGCAGCUCGCAACGCAACAGGCGGCGCUCUUUGGCACGGCACAGUCGUCGCCGAAUGAUGUGGGCCUUGACGUGCCGUCUCAGGGACCGGUAUCGAAUCAUCAGCAAUCCACGAGCACGUCCAACGGCUACCCGUCGAAUACCAAUGCCUCAUGUGCUACUACCAUUGGUGGAUUGUUGGCGCCCAACAACCGCAGUCAGCACAACCGUGCUGUGAGCCUGCCUGCCCUAGCCCCUGGGUUCGAGAAUGGUGCCCCGACUCCUACCAGCCUCCCCGGCAGUGAAGGAGAGCGCCGCGGUCACCAGUAUCAGGCCAGCUUUGGCGGCAUGGGGGCCGGGUACGGCCUAGCGAUUCAGGGCGGCCUGAACGGCUGGGUCGAGGAGGAAGUAGCGAACUAGGGCCCAGAGGCUGAACUCCAGAUCCUUGUGCUUUUCUUGUGAAGUUUCUUUAUUUCUCGUUUCUCGUUUCUUAUUUUAUUCUUUUUUUUUUUUUUUUUU